UUCUACAUCACUGCUUCCCUGAUGUCAGCGCGAGAGGCAGAACAAAGGCUAAAAGGCACACGAUGGAUGCAGAUGGUGAAGAUAAAAAGCUAUGCACACGUUCAAGAGGAACCAAGGUACACGUGGAUUCGAUAGCACAGGAGCUCAGUGCCUACAAAAGCUCUAUGACGAAUAAGAGAAAAGCUGAAGAGCUGUUUUCAGGAGUUCCGGUCAACAAAAGGAAGUCUCUGUUAAUGAAACCCCGUCACUACAGUCCCAGUGUGGAAGGCAAAGGGGAAAAUGAGGACGAGACUGAACUGCAGAACAACAGCAACUUUCUCAAAGCAGAAGAGACUCCUAUAACACCAGCAAAAGCUACCCCUGAGUUGGAUGUGCCAGAAAAUGAUCAUCAAAAGAAGGACAAUUACAGUAGCUACCAGGACCUAAUGACCAAAUCUUUAAUUAACUUUGAAAAAAUAAUAAAAGAGGCACCAAAUCCCCCAGCGAAUAAUAAACUUAGUAGCAGCAAGCCCUUAAAAAUAGAGAAUAACAAUGUUGAUGAAUGUUGCAUGAUUAACUCAUUAGUAAGAAAAGACAGAAUAGGUGUUUCUGAUCUACAGUACUGUUCCUCUGAGGAUAAUGAAAGUAGUUCUGAAAUUUUGGACAAUGAAUGGGAUAGUUCAUCAAAUAUUUCUGAGGAGAUAAGUGUAAAACUUCCUUUAAAUACAACAUAUAUUGUAGGAUGUAACCAGCAAGAUGUCCUAAAAGUGCCAAGAGUCAAAACCGAAGAAAUGGAUUUUGACAGCUCUGAAGCCGUUCAUGACUUGGAUACAGGGCCACGAGAAUCACAGGAGUCGCAUGUUGAAUCUUUCAGCAACAGAAUUCAGAAUCUAUUUCCAGACAGCGAGGAAGAUGAGUGUCUGUCUGAAAAUACAGAAAUGUCAUUUGAUUUGGAUAAAACAAAACAGAACCUGAGUUUGCUAGAACGAGCAAUAGCUCUGCAGGCAGAGCAGGGUCAUGUCUUUCAUAGCACCUACAAAGAACUGGACAGAUUCUUGCUGGAGCAUCUUGCUGGUGAAAGAAGACAAGCCAAAGUGAUUGAUCUAUGUGGUAGACCAAUGUAUAACAACAAACACUUGUCUAGGCCUGAAAAGAGAGAGACCAAAUGUCCCAUUCCUGGAUGUGAUGGCACAGGGCACGUGACUGGAUUGUAUCCUCACCACCGCAGUCUUUCGGGUUGUCCACAUAAAGUUAGAGUGCCACUCGAAAUCCUUGCAAUGCAUGAAAAUGUUUUAAAGUGCCCCACUCCUGGAUGUACAGGAAGAGGACAUGUCAAUAGCAACCGCAACACUCACAGAAGUCUUUCUGGUUGUCCAAUUGCUGCAGCUGAAAAAAUGGCAAUGUCUCAGGAAAAAAAUCAGCAUGAGUCUCCCAAAACAGGGCAGUGCCAUGAUCUGGUCCACAGGACAAACUUGGUGAAACAACUUGAGUUAGCUCAGUAUAGCUGCAGAUCUGCCCAACCAAUCCCUUCCCCCAGAGCCACCAUUAUAAGAGAGCAAGAGAAAUGUGGCAAAGUCCCAUUUGACUAUGCUAGCUUUGAUGCCCAAGUCUUUGGCAAACAUUCAAUGGUGCCAACUAUGCAAGGAAACCCCCCCCCACAAUUCCUCGAAUCAAAGCAUUUUUCAAAUCCAGGGAAAUUUUCUAAUCGGCUGCCUAGUGCUAGCGCCCACACACAGAGCCCUUGCCAUGCCAACUCUUAUGGCUACGGUCAAUGUAGUGAAGACACCCACAUAGCAGCAGCUGCUGCAAUCCUGAACCUUUCCACCCACUGCAGGGAAGCAGCAGAGAUCCUCUCCAACAAACCACAGAGUCUGUCUGCCAAGGGAGCUGAUAUAGAAGUGGAUGAAAACGGCACCCUGGAUUUGAGCAUGAAAAAGAACCGAAACCAAGAAAAGGGUACCCCCCUAACUUCUUUCAGUGCAACAGUCCCCACUCCUUCCUCUUCUCCCUUCAAAACAGGCAGCAUUUUGGUCAAUGCCACCUUCUACCAGGCGUUGUGUGAGAAGGAAGGAUGGGAUAUGCCAAUCAACUACAGCAAGAGCCAGGCAAGAAAAGAGGAGGAGAAAGAGAAAGAUCCUGUGAGCUGUCCUGAAAAUCUGGGGGAAAAAAAAUACUCAGAUAUCUCGGUCCCUAGUCCAAAAUCCAAGCUCCAUUCAAGAGAUCUCAAAAAGGAACUGAUCACGUGUCCAACGCCAGGAUGCGAUGGCAGUGGUCAUGUGACAGGAAACUACGCAUCACACCGCAGUGUUUCCGGCUGCCCGUUAGCUGACAAGACCUUGAAAUCCUUGAUGGCUGCUAACUCUCAAGAGCUUAAGUGUCCCACUCCAGGGUGUGAUGGAUCUGGUCAUGUCACUGGAAACUAUGCCUCACACAGAAGCUUGUCUGGUUGUCCUCGUGCCAGGAAAGGUGGUCUCAAACUGUCUCCUACCAAGGAAGAAAAAGAAGACCCUGAACUUAAAUGUCCGGUGCUAGGCUGUGAUGGCCAAGGUCACAUAUCAGGUAAAUACACUUCUCAUCGCACUGCUUCGGGUUGUCCAAUGGCUGCCAAGAGACAGAAGGAGAGUCCUCUCAAUGGGUCUUCACUACCCUGGAAACUGAACAAGCAAGAGCUGCCACACUGUCCUUUGCCAGGCUGCAACGGGCUGGGUCAUGUUAAUAACGUUUUUGUCACCCACAGAAGUUUGUCUGGAUGUCCUCUGAAUGCACAAGCCUUAAAAAAGGGCAAAAUGUCUGAAGAACUAAUGACCGUAAAGUUGAAAGCAAGUGGAGGUUUAGAAAAUGAGGAGGAAAUCAGACAUUUGGAUGAAGAAAUAAAAGAACUGAAUGAAUCCAACCUUAAAAUUGAAGCUGACAUGAUGAAACUUCAGACACAGAUAACAUCUAUGGAAAGCAAUCUGAAAACAAUAGAAGAAGAGAACAAACUUAUAGAGCAGAACAACGAGAGCCUAUUAAAAGAGCUGGCUGGCCUAAGCCAAGCCCUCAUCUCCAGUCUGGCCGACAUUCAGCUUCCACAAAUGGGCCCAAUCAGUGAGCAGAAUUUUGAAGCAUAUGUAAAUACACUCACAGACAUGUACAGCAACUUGGAGCGGGAGUAUUCCUCGGACUGCAAGGCUCUGCUGGAAAGUAUCAGACAGGCAGUGAAGGGAAUCCACGUGUAA